AGUCGAGAUUGUUCCAGCUUAUGCGGUUCCACGAAGGGCUGCGUCUAGUUAUCAAUGUAGUAGUCGCAUUGGCAUUCUCCUUGUCCAGAUAUGUGGAGCCACAGGGCUCGUUGUGCAUUCUGGCGAGCUUAUGUGGCAUAACGACUGUGUUGGCGAUCACUUCACUACUAUGGACUCCCGAGCCCUUCAGGCUACGUGGAUCACAUAUUGUGGAAGGAUCGCAAUGUUGGAAUAUUUGCAAUGCUCCCUCCUGCAUUUCGCAAUGCUGGCUAAUGCCGCAUAUUUUGUUCAUUCGCCAUCUGUUCUGCAAUCAAUCAUCCACGUUGUGUUGAACAAGGCGUACGUCUCUUGUAUGACGACAGUCCUGGGCGCAGCGAGCUCGGGCGACUCCGUUGUUCAACUGUAUCGGGCCAACGUAACGCCUCCGGAGAAGCUGAUGCUACAACUGCAGGCAGCAGCAUUGGCGUAAACGCGACAUUUGAAGCAAAAUCGUCAGAUUGCACGAUGGAGAGGACAUUCACACUCGUAUGCAUAAUGUCGAUUUACAUCGCCGCGCAGAUCGAGGAAGGACAUUCUUGCGUAAAAUCGACUAUUGUACAAUCUAGAUAUUACUUGUCC